AUGCCGCAAAAGAGUUUGAUGGGUAUGGAUUUGGACGAUGCGGAGCAUCAUCCCGAAGAUUUUGACCAAUAUGUGGCACUGCUAGAUUUUCUGUCGGAUCCGAUCGCCUGUCCAUCGAAUAGAUUGAUGCAAGAUAAUAUUUCUCUCGAAAUAUUUGUGAAUAUCUGUUAUCACCUGCCACCUCAAGAUUUGUUGACGUUGGCAUGCGUAUGCAAAAACUUCAAUAACAUGCUCAAUGGAAAUUUAUUCCCAAUCUGUUCUGAAAUUUGGAAAUCAUCUCGUGAAAGAUUCACUAUCUUCAAAGAUAUGGAUCCUCCCCGUGGGAUGUCUCAGCAGCAAUUUGUUCGUUUACUUAAUUUCGAGCGAGGAUGUGAGUUUUGCAAGAAUAAAUCGAACAUUCAAAUUUACUGGCCGGCCAAUGUGAGGGCUUGUAAACCAUGCAUUCUUGAAAAGGCCAAAACUCAUCAAGAAUUAGAAGAAGAAUUUUUUAUCGAUCGAAGAGUCUUAAAUAUACUCUCUCAUCUCAUACCUUGUCCAGAUGAUAAUGGGAGAAGUCAUUAUUACUACUGGCUGCCUCAAGCCCUUGCUGCUCAAUCUGAAUUUGACAAGAACUCGGGGAUAGCAAGGGAGAAAAAACCCGAACUUCAAAGAUUAACCGAUGACAGCAUUAAACGUUAUCGUUGGAUAACUCAAUGUUGGACGGAACAAUUGAUCGAACAGAAAUCAAUUGUUAAGAGGACUAUUCAAAAUAUGGGUUUGAGUGAUCCAUCAUUUCCUAAUGAUCCUAUUAUUGAACAAAUAUUCGAGGAUAUCAAUGUAAAUCCGUUUGUUAAAUUGGAUUUCAAGGCAUAUGCCGAAUCAUUGAGGAGUUUAAAGGCGAAUGGUUCAUUGGACUCUCAACGAAUUAUCAUCAAAAGAGAAGAGCGAGACGACACUGAUGCAGUAGCCCAACCUAAAGUAUCCAAUAGAUCAUCGUCUCAGAAAAGGCAUGCGGAAUCGUUGAAAUAUAAAUCGUCAUCAACGGAAGAUACCACUGCACCUAAUUCGCAUACAUCAGAGGUCUAUAUAAAAACGGAAACAGAACCGGUUGAUUUGUUGUCAGGCUCUCGUAGCAAUAAAUUCCCACCAAGGUUGAGCGUGUCAUCAUCUGCCCAUGCAAGUAGUAGUAAACAUCCAUCUGCUCAUGCAAGUGGUAGUAAACAUUCAUCUGCUCAUGCAAGUAGUAGUAAACAUUCAUCUGCUCAUGCAAGCAGUAGUAAACAUUCAUCUGCUCACACGGCUAUCGGAAAAAAAAAUCGACCGUCAUCCUUUCCGUUAGAUAAGGGUCGGAAUGAAAUACCAACCGCUCCUGCGAAGCACUUCAAUAAGAAUAGAUUCUCUUUUAAUGAAGCAUCACCUAGUUUUAUGGGUGGUGUCUCAAAGAGUGAAUCACUGUUUUCUCCGGUCGAGUAUGGUAAAAAGAGUGGAUUGUUGUCGUUAUCUGCCUUUCCAGUGAGUGGUAGAAGGAAGGGGAUAACAUUUCCUAUAAUAGAUGAGAGUAAAAAAACCAACUCAAAGAUGAGGACACCAUCUUUCAAGUAUUUCGAAUAUGCAACUCCAACGGUUAAUUCGGAAACAGCGUUGUACUCGAGAAGUGAAAUGCGCAAACAACCUACAGCUAUCAAUAUGUCAGCUGCCGCGGUACGCCCAAGGAUGAAUGUAAAUUCCCAGCAACCACCGGCCUACCGACCCAAUAUUCCUGCGCCUCCUCAAGGUUUUUCGAAUGCUCUUUACGAAACCCUUUUGAGAAGGGAUGAGAUAAUCAAGGGACUUAAACUAGUUGCAACCACCGAUAACCCUUUAUCAUUGAGCGGACAAAAAAGCUCAGUGCCAUUCACCAUUAACAUUAGAGAUCACCUGUUCCAAUUCUUAUCUCUGUGCAAGGUGUUUAUCAAUCCGCCAAUGUUCAAUGGUCGGAACAGUGGGUAUGACAGGGAAUUCCUGUACGACAUCAUUCUAAAACUUCAGCAAGAGGCCGCAAUACUGAAAACAACCUGCAAGGCUCAUCCACCUCCGCACAUUCUCGACCUACAAGAGGAUGGUCGUCAAUCCAAAAAAUCUAAAUCGACUAAACUGACCUCCACCAAUUCACCGACCCAAUCAUCACCAUCUUUGUUGUGUCAAAUUCCGCCGGAACUCUUCCUUCAAAUUUGCAAAAACCUUUCUCCAGCCGAUUUACUUUCCUUGACUCGAGUUUGCAAGCUAUUUUACAAUGAUCUCUGUCAUAAUAAUUCUGGAGCGAUUCAACAAAUAUGGCGUGAAUCAAGGUUGAAAUUCCUGCCGUAUCGUAAGCUACCUCCGCCCGAUGGAAUGAACGAGAGACAAUACAUGGUCUUCUUGUUGGACAAAGUUUGUCAAUUUUGCGGAGAAAGGAAGAAUUCAAAGAUCCUAUGGGACUCUCAGGUCAGAUCAUGCAAGGAUUGCUUCCGGACUCGGUAUAUCAAUUGUAAUAAUAUGGCUGUUAACGGAGAGAUCCCUUGGAUCGUUCUCGAUUGCGUCCCAUCGGAAAGUUGGAAAACCUGGGACACCAUCGUCGACGCGGCCGGACCAUUCCGUUGGGUGGAACAGGUUCGUAAAAAAUACGAAGAGUACAAAAAAGUACCAGAGGAGGAGCGAGCGUCAUGGGUUGAAGAUCAACGAAAACGCAUCCGGAAAAUCAGCAAUGAAUACAUCAAACGAAUUGGGGAAGAUGUGGACUCUCGACAACAUACCAAAACCGUACGGGCGAAAGAUAUCAAUGAGAAAAUUUCACAGUUGCUGAAUGAAAAGGAUGAAGACGGGAAUCCGAUGUACGAGAAGGAAAUUCUCUUGAAUUGCGUGUCACUUAAAAAAGCCUAUAGAUGGACAAACACGUUCACCGAGAGGGCUUGGAAAAUCCUGAGGACCAAGUUAAUCAAGGAGUACCAUGGCGGAUUGGAGAAAAGGGGGGAAAUCAAAGAAAUAGUUAAGACAAUGGUUUCAGGUGUAAAAACCGAAAGUUCUAGGAGGAAGGCUUUCGAGUCGGAGGAGGAUGAUGGCUCUGGGAUUAUCAUUCUUAAUGAUGAGGUUUAG